CGGCUGUUAAACUUGUUAGAGACACGGGACGAAUAGAAGAAGACAGAUUUACUGGCUGUCAACAAUUUUGAUCAUAAGUCGUCUUACUGAAAUCAGAUGUUUCAAAAUGUUGAGGCCAGGAAAACCUAAUGGUUCCAAAGGCAAACCUGCUGGGGGCAUCACGGUUACUCGUUUCAGUGCAAGAGCUGGGACAGUUACACGUACAUCGAACAAUGACCUUCAGAGUAAGAAUAAAGGGAAUGAAAGACCAGCGAGCUUUCCCAAUAACCAAGACGUAGGACACGUGCAUAUAGGCCCGAACUGGUCUCGUCAUAACGUCAAUGUUGUUUCCCAAUUAGCAGACAAACCAAACAAGCAAAAACAACUACCAUCCUCUCCAAGUGCCAGUGCUCCUUAUGAAACUCCAUCCGCUGCAACUGGUAGUGGCUACAGUAAACAUGAGCCUACUGGUACUUGCAGUAGCGUCGUAACGGUGGAUCCUAUUCUGUUCGAAUACAUCAAACUUUUUCAUAAAGACGAGUUAAGAGAUAUUAAAACAAGAUUCGGCGCAAAGCUGUGUGUAGAGGGAAAUCAACUGAAAAUAGAUGCAUCGAAUCCAGAUGUUGCAGAAAAAGCCUUCCAAGAAUUUAGCGACUUUUACCGGAAACUUUUCUUUUCAGGGGGUUUAAAGUACGAGGUGGUUGAUGUGAAAAAGAAAUAUGUUACUUUACCUGAUAUGCCCAAUGUCUUCACAAAAACCAUUAAGAAAGACGGUCGAUCUCAAAUGUGCAUCAUUGGGCCCGAAGCAGAGGUUGAAGACAUGCUAAGGAUAUAUGGAGUUCAAAACCAUCCAUAUCCUGAAUCAAAUUUGGCAUCUCCAACCCACAGCUUUUCCACACAGAUAUUCACCGCUUCUUUGAAUCCCGACGUUGAGCUUACUAUACGCACCGGUGAUAUUACUGAAGAGCAAGUCGAUGUUAUCGUAAACACAACUGACUGUGACUUGACACACAAAGAAGGCGUGUCGAAGGCCAUCGCAACAGCUGCUGGUCCAAAACUUAUCCAAGAAUCACAAAAAAAAUUUUUGAAGCACGGCAGGCUUGAAGAAGGCAAGGUUGUCAAAACAAGCGGAGGAAAGUUGCUGUGCAGUUAUGUACUUCAUGCAAUUGGUCCAUCAAAGCGCACAGUUGCAACACAUCAGCAUAUUCCUAUCCUUGAAAAAACAUUGAUAAAAGUAUUUAAAAAAUGUGACGAAGUUCGGGCUCGCAGCGUUGCUUUGCCAGCGGUCGGGAGCGGACGAAAGGGCAUCCACGCACACGACUGCGCAGAGGCAAUGCUAUAUGCUAUUGAGGAAACGACACAGAAAGGGAAGACCUCGCUCAAAGACGUUAGGAUUGUAGAUGUUAAAAAAGAAACUGUACACGAAUUCAUAAAAGUUUUCAAGAAAAGGUAUACUGAGCAUAACCCUCAAGACAUGACUUUUGAAAAAAGGGACAAGAUGGGUCUUUGGGAUCAAAAGCAUGCAGAAGGAUCUGAUAGCGACGAAGACAACUUAAGCGUGGGGCUUUCUUAUCAAAUGCACGUGGCCAACAUUGGUAGUGAAGCAAGUGGUAGACACGAAUUUCCACAAAAUGUAUCAUCCACCACGCACCUGCUGCAGCCUGAUGUCUCCAAUCCAGACCGUAAACUGCUUCAUGACACCGAUGAAACAUGUCCGAUCUGUAUGGAUUCUUUUCAGAACAAGACGACUCUUGACCGUUGCAAGCAUAGUUUCUGUAAGGACUGCUUAGAUAGAUCUUUACAACUCAAGAACAAAUGUCCCAUAUGCGGUGACAUUCUUGGUGAACAAACAGGUGACCAGCCAGAUGACGGCACCAUGACUGUAUCGUACUGGCAUCGGCCACUUGAAGGUUACGAGGGGGUUGGCACCAUUGUCAUUGAUUAUUAUUUCCCCUCGGGUGUGCAAAAGUCCGAACACCCAGACCCAGGGUCACGGUACAAAGGGACUUCCAGGACGGCGUACUUACCUGACAGUAAAGAAGGACGAGAGGUGCUGAAGUUGCUGCAGAGGGCAUUCGAAGCCCGUCUUCUGUUCACAGUCGGGAGAUCGGUGACCACGGGGAGAGAGGGGGUGGUUGUAUGGAACGACAUCCAUCAAAAGACCAGCCCCACCGGAGGCCCACAGAGAUAUGGUUAUCCUGAUCCGACAUACCUGUCCCGCGUGAAGGAGGAGUUGGCUGCCAAGGGAAUCAAAUGAAGAAAAAGAGAGAGAGAUAGAGAUAGAGAGAGAGAGAGAGAGAGAGAUGCAUAAGACUGAAUUUAUUAUGAAAGCAUAUCCUAAGUAUAACAUGCAUGAUUAUAAUAAACAAGGUCGGUAGAAUAACCUACAAUUAUCAAUACGUUGAUCAUUUAAAAAACUUUGCCAGCUGAGUUCCAUUAAGCAAAUUUUUUUCGAACAUGUGUCGGUUGCUGUGUCGUGCCUUGUAGAUUUCCGUAGGCGAAGCUGUCAACUGUCUACAAAUUAUGGACUCUGCGAAUUUAUCCUGUACAGUUACCAUCUACAAGGGCUGCAGAUAAAUUAUGUGCAUUUUUCUACAGCAGAUAAUUGUGCCAUGAACUAGGUCGAGACAUACGUAUCUUACCGUACGUAUGUAAAUAUCUAGUUAAAAAUCAAUAUGUGAUAGAGGAGGGUAUAUGUCAUACAGGCUACAGCCCCUUGUUCAAAAACAAAAGGCAAUGCUUGUUGUCCCUCCUAACACAAUGGAGGGCUCCGUGUUUGUGUUUCCACAUGGUAAUGCGCCUUUUCUGCAAUUACGUGCGUUUUCUGAAGCAUAUUUAGCCAUGUGUAACGUUGAAGGUGUACAAGUUGCGUAGUUUCAGCGGCUUUAUUUAGAUAUGCGUGUAUUUUAAGAGAACAUUAAGCAAACAUCUUUAAUUACCUCCACUUAGGAGAUCGCUUUUGAUAUCGCUUAUGUCAGUCUGUUACCAACAUUAUUCAAAAGGUUGUGGGCGGAUUCUGAUAAACAAUUCUGAAACUUCACACACGAAUAGAUUUUGGAGGUGGUCCAUUAAUUAAUUAAUUAAUUAGUCAACCAAUUAUAAUGAGAAUUAAAGUAUG